AUGAAGCUCUCCUCCUCUCUCUGCUUCUCCAUCCUCACUUCUCUGGCAGCCACCAGGGUCUCCGCCUUGGUUCUUCCAAACUUGAAAGACAUGCCAGCGGUCGUCAGCACUGCAGACAAGGUUCCGGUUGUUGCUGAGAACGUGGUUGCUGACAAUGCUGCUGCAGAGUCGUUCCCUUCUGUCGAGUUGGCCGACGAGGCCAUCUUGGAUGUUGAGUUCAACGAGAACGCCAUUCCAAACUCUUUCAUUGUCAUCUUGAAGGACGACAUUUCCGACGAUGCAUUUGAGUUCCACAAGUUGUGGAUCUCGGACGUUCAGGUCCAAUCGUUUGCCAAGUUGAACAAGUACGAGGUCGACGCCUUCGAGCAGUCGGUCAGCUCCUUGAACUUCCAGCAACAGACCGGCGGUAUCGGACACGUUUUCGACUCGCCAGGUUUCAGAGGCUACUCGGGUUUGUUCACCCCUGAAGUGAUCAACCUUUUGAGACGCUCCAAGGAUGUCGCUGUCAUUGAAUUGGACUCGACUGUCCACACCGUUGGCGCCGCCACCGAGAACGGCGCCCCAUGGGGUCUAUCUAGAAUCUCCCACAGAGAAACAUUGGGCUUGGGCAACUACAACAAGUACCUCUACGACGCCGAUGCUGGUGAGGGUGUCACUGCCUAUGUCAUUGACACUGGUGUCAAUAUCGAGCACGAGCAAUUUGGCGGUAGAGCUGUGUGGGGUGCAACCAUCCCAACCGGCGACUCCGAUACCGAUGGUAACGGUCACGGUACCCACUGUGCCGGUACAAUUGGUUCCGAAGAAUACGGUGUUUCAAAAAAAGCCAAGAUUGUUGCCGUCAAGGUUUUGAAGUCUAAUGGGUCUGGUACCAUGUCUGAUGUCGUCAAGGGUGUCGAGUUUGCUGCCAACGCCCACGUCAAGGAGGCCAAGAACCCUAAGUCUGGCUUCAAGGGUUCCACUGCCAACAUGUCUUUGGGUGGUGGUAAGUCGCCAGCCUUGGACUUGGCUGUCAACGCUGCCGUCAAGGCAGGCUUGCACUUUGCUGUUGCCGCAGGUAACGAUGAUGCAGACGCUUGUAACUACUCCCCUGCUGCCGCAGAAAGCGCAGUUACUGUUGGUGCAUCAACUUUGUCUGAUACUAGAGCUUACUUUUCUAACUACGGUAAGUGUGUGGACAUUUUCGCUCCUGGUUUGAACGUUCUAUCCACCUACAUUGGUUCCAACACUGCUACUGCAAUCUUAUCUGGUACUUCAAUGGCCUCUCCUCACGUUUGUGGUUUGUUGACCUACUUCCUUUCUUUGGCUCCUUCUUCAGACUCCAUGUUUUCAACUGCUGGCAUCACUCCAAAGCAGUUGAAGCAAAACCUGUUGAAGUACGGUACUAAGAAUGCUUUAUCUUCUAUCCCAGAUGAUGGAACACCGAACAUUUUGAUCUACAACGGUGCAGGUGGUGACAUCAGCGACUUCUGGAACUCUGAAGGUUCUGCUGAAUCGUCAGCCGAAGAUCUUGAAAGAACAGUUGAGAUUGCAAACGACUUUGCUGAAACUCAGUUGGACAAGACCAAGGAGGAAAUAAAGCAAAUCAUCAACGAAAUCACUCAGGUCGUUGAUUCUGUUGAAAACGUCAUUUCUGUUUAA